CUUGUAUUGAAGGGGUGCCUUUGAUUGACGGCGUGCACAUGCGCAAUUAGGCGCGAGACGACCGUUAGAUCCAAUGACGUAUUUCUGCGCAUGAGCUUAGCUAGCUAACGUGAUCGGGGAUUUCUAUUGGAGAAGCAGUUUCUACCUAUCUUCAUACUGUACUGUCUUUGGGCGAAGUGCUUAAUUCUGACGUUUGGCGUUUCCCAUUGAGAUAGAACACACCUCUUCCUGUCGGUGUCAGAGUAGUAACUUCACCAUAUUCAGUUGGUCAGAGCCCUACAGAGUUGACCACAGGCAACCGGGCUGAAAAUCUUAGUCAUAUCGGCGAAUGCAACCGGGAGUUGACAGCCUAGACACAGCGAGACUGGCCCCUGUUGGAGAGUGACAUCAGUGGAAACAAGGCUGCACAUCAAAACGGGUGCAAGCUGCCUAUCGUUAGCAGACUUUGAGUGAUAAGUAGCUGUCCAUUGUCGGAUGAGAAUUCUAACAAGUAGUCGUAGGUAGCUUGGUGGCUAGCUAGCUAAUUAUCGCCCAGCCUUAAACUCGAUUUCUGCUGGACGUAAAACCGAACUUAUCCGAUUUUUAUAAAGCAAACUGGUAAGAAACUAAAGAGCUCAGUGAAUCUGCAAUUAUGAUAUCUUGACAAGUGUCAGUUAGCAAUGUUUCAAUCCAUUUGCUAAUCUAGCAUCGAGCUAGUUGCUACCUAGUUUAUCAGCGUCGUUGAAGCUCGAGCAAGUAUCGCCGUGGCAGUGAAAUCUGAUUGGAUACCUUGAUCGUGUGAACGACUUGCAGACACUGGGACACGGAAGACCCUCGUCCAAAGGGACUGGAACAGGGGCUAGUUUGACAGUGAGCGGAGAGGAGAACUCGGGGGAACCCGUAACUACUCGGCUGCAUCGCCUGUGAGGCGUUGAACUGCCGAUAAACCAGAUUGAACCAAGCAAGAGUUCCUGACAUUUGACGUCUGUGAUCCGGGGAGUAAACCGGGCAGGGACCUCAUGAAUGGAAAUCGGAACUACAGGAGCCGUUGGAGCCCAGCCCCUGUUCACUGUGCCACGGCGACCUGGCUAUGGCACCAUGGGAAAGCCCAUCAAGCUGCUGGCCAACUGCUUCCAGGUGGAUAUCCCAAAGAUAGACGUCUACCUCUAUGAGGUGGACAUCAAGCCCGAGAAGUGCCCGCGCCGCGUCAACAGGGAGGUGGUGGACUCCAUGGUGCAGCACUUCAAGGUUACCAUCUUCGGGGAUCGUCGGCCAGUCUACGAUGGGAAGAGGAGCUUGUACACAGCCAACCCGCUGCCUGUGGCAACCGCAGGGGUGGAUCUGGACGUCACUCUACCGGGUGAGGGGGGCAAGGACCGGCCCUUUAAGGUCUCGAUCAAGUUUGUGUCCCUGGUGAGCUGGCACAUGUUGCACGAGGUGCUAACGGGCCGCAGCGUGCCUGAGCCCCUGGAGCUGGACAAGCCCAUCAGCACCAACCCAGUACAUGCUGUGGAUGUAGUGCUGCGACACCUGCCCUCCAUGAAGUACACCCCGGUGGGUCGCUCCUUCUUCUCAGCCCCAGAGGGCUACGACCAUCCUCUGGGAGGGGGGAGAGAGGUGUGGUUUGGUUUCCACCAGUCUGUACGUCCCGCCAUGUGGAAGAUGAUGCUCAAUAUUGACGUUUCUGCCACGGCCUUCUACAAAGCCCAGCCUGUGAUCCAGUUCAUGUGUGAGGUCCUGGACAUCCACAACAUAGACGAGCAGCCCCGACCUCUCACAGACUCCCACCGGGUCAAGUUCACCAAAGAAAUCAAAGGUCUAAAGGUGGAGGUGACACACUGUGGAACCAUGCGGAGGAAGUACCGCGUUUGCAACGUAACCCGUCGGCCCGCCAGCCAUCAAACGUUCCCUUUGCAGCUGGAGAAUGGUCAAACGGUGGAACGCACGGUGGCCCAGUACUUCAGAGAGAAGUACAGCCUGCAGCUCAAGUAUCCCCACCUGCCCUGCCUCCAGGUGGGCCAGGAGCAGAAGCACACCUACCUGCCCCUGGAGGUGUGUAACAUAGUAGCAGGGCAGCGCUGCAUCAAGAAACUGACAGAUAAUCAGACGUCCACUAUGAUCAAAGCCACGGCUCGCUCUGCACCUGACAGACAGGAGGAGAUCAGCCGGCUGGUGCGUAGUGCCAACUACGAGGCUGACCCCUUUGUGCAGGAGUUCCAGUUCAAGGUGCGCGACGAGAUGGCCCACGUGACUGGGCGCGUGCUGCCCGCCCCCAUGCUGCAAUACGGCGGCAGGGUGAGCACAGAGCACUUUAUGAACCGGACAGUGGCCACCCCAAGUCACGGGGUGUGGGACAUGAGGGGCAAACAGUUCCACACGGGAGUGGAGAUCAAGAUGUGGGCCAUCGCAUGUUUCGCCACACAGAGGCAGUGUCGUGAGGAGAUCCUCAAGGGUUUCACAGACCAGCUGCGUAAGAUCUCCAAGGAUGCUGGGAUGCCCAUCCAGGGCCAGCCGUGUUUCUGUAAAUACGCCCAGGGAGCCGACAGUGUGGAGCCCAUGUUCAGGCACCUGAAGAACACCUACUCUGGACUGCAGCUCAUCAUCGUCAUCCUGCCCGGAAAGACCCCCGUCUACGCGGAGGUGAAGAGGGUGGGAGAUACUCUCCUAGGAAUGGCCACUCAGUGUGUCCAGGUGAAGAACGUGGUGAAGACGUCCCCCCAGACCCUCUCCAACCUCUGCCUCAAGAUCAAUGUGAAGCUGGGGGGAAUCAACAAUAUCCUGGUGCCUCACCAACGACCCUCAGUAUUCCAGCAGCCAAUCAUCUUCCUGGGGGCGGACGUUACACACCCCCCUGCUGGAGACGGGAAGAAGCCCUCCAUCGCUGCAGUGGUCGGCAGUAUGGACGCCCACCCCAGCAGGUACUGUGCCACAGUGAGGGUCCAGAGGCCCAGGCAGGAGGUGAUCCAGGAUCUGGCCUCUAUGGUGCGAGAGCUGCUGAUCCAGUUCUACAAGUCGACCCGCUACAAGCCCACCAGGAUUAUCUUCUACAGGGACGGAGUGUCAGAGGGCCAGUUCAGACAGGUGCUGUACUACGAGCUGCUGGCCAUCCGAGAGGCCUGCAUUGGCCUAGAGAAGGAGUACCAGCCCGGCAUCACCUACAUCGUGGUCCAGAAACGCCACCACACCCGCCUCUUCUGUGCCGACCGCAACGAAAGGGUUGGACGUAGUGGAAACAUUCCUGCUGGCACCACGGUGGACACGGACAUCACGCACCCCUACGAGUUUGACUUUUACCUCUGCAGUCACGCUGGAAUACAGGGCACCAGUCGUCCCUCCCACUACCACGUCCUGUGGGACGACAACUGCUUCACGGCCGACGAGUUCCAGCUGCUCACUUACCAGCUGUGCCACACCUACGUGCGCUGUACCCGCUCCGUCUCCAUCCCAGCGCCAGCCUACUACGCCCACCUGGUGGCCUUCCGUGCCCGCUACCAUCUGGUAGACAAGGAGCACGACAGUGCGGAGGGCAGCCAUGUCUCUGGUCAGAGUAACGGUCGGGACCCCCAGGCUCUGGCCAAGGCGGUGCAGAUUCACCACGACACGCUGAGGACCAUGUACUUCGCCUGAGCACCACCCCACACCACCAUCACAGCACUUAAAACACACACACCCCCACACCCCCUGCCUGCCAGUCAAGGAGGGUUGCAGCCCCCCACAACCAGUCAAUCCGGACCUGACACUGUGUAGAGGGAAGGGGGGGUGGGGGAAGCCCCCCGCAAUGGACUGAGGAUGCAGACUGACGCUGCUUUAAAACAAGAGAGGAAGAACUUGGCACUAUUAUGCAAUAUUAAACCAGCCCGCUGCUUUUCCUGGGCACCCUAACUCCGCCCCCACCUCCUCCAGGCCCUCCCUCCUUUUCUCCGGUCAUGAAGGAGAUCUGUGGUUUUGAUUCCGGAUGUGUAUGGUUGACGUUGCAGAAUUCGUUCCCUUUCGUCAUCAUGCCUUUUACCUCAACUCAGUUUGACGGCAGCACUUUCUGCCCUUUUUCGUUUGUUAGUUCUGUUUUAACUUUUCUUUAUCAAAGGUUGAGGAGAGAAGAAGAAAAGGAUUAGGAGUUUGAAGGGUGGAUCUCUAUCUGUGCAGAACUAUCACGGCGCACCAGCUUGCCACUGUUAUUUUCCCUCUCCUUUCCUCUCCAUCUUUUUUUUAGCCAAUGGUGACUUAUCAAAAGUGUGAGCGUGUCAAUGGACACUGUGUACAAGGAGACGAACACAAGCUCUUAUUUUGAGCACAGUGCCACCUGAACGGUGUAAAUGCUCUCUUCAAAAGUCCCAACCUGUCUGGGGAAUAAGCUAUGAUGCUAAUCAUAUGAUUUCUUACUCAUUAUCAUUUGACUUGAACCAAUAAGUGAUGUGCGUAUACUGUGGCAGACGUCAUAGAGGGUAAUACAAUAUCACACCCUAGGUCAGUUCCCUAUGACAUAGGUCUAAUGCGCUGUCACAGCAACAUUGCAAUGUGACCCUGUUUUGAAUUUUCUUUCCUGUACAUCAUGUUUGAUAUUUAAGAUGCUUGUUAUUUUUUUUAACCAUUCUUUCCAGUAUUUAUUAGUACGCUCAAGAUAUAGUAAUUUAAUGAGACGAGCAUUUAUUUCUGCAUUCUUUCAUUCUAUCUAUCUGCUCUCUUGGAUUUGAAUUUUGUUGUGGAAGAUCCUAAAUUGAAUGACAGAUCAUGUUGCUUUCCUCUAGUGCAAUAAUAUUUUAGCUGAGGGAAGGAAGCGUCUUCUAGAGGAUACGACUUGAAUGUCUGGAAGUCUAUAGCGGUGAGUUAGAAUGUACUAGAACCCAGAUCUCUUACGAGAGCUCUCGGCUAGUAAGAGAAUGUUUUUGAGCCACACAAUUGGCACUUACCCGUUGCUCCUCUUAAUGAAGGGAGUAGUGAGGUUCAGAGGUCUAAGGGUUAUGCCAAUGAGGUGUGUUAUGGGUUAGAAAUCAAGUGCCUGGUUUUGGAAAUGAACGGUUAAAUGGCUGCUUGUAUGGAUGGAUCAUGACGUGGCGGUCCUAGCUUUCGAAAAUGUAUUCGAACAAGGAAGUUAAAGGGCAAAGUUUAGCUGGAGAAAGAUGACUUCAAGCUACAUUUUGCCUCAUUUUUGACAGAAGUUGCUUCACAUUGAAAUCCUCGUGAUAGAAAAUAUAUAUAUAUAUAUUGUGUGUGUGAGUUUCUCCUAUCGUCUUUGCCUAAUAGCAGCGGUAUUUUAGCAGAUCAAGUCGUGCUGCACUCUGCCUCUAUCCUCAUCAGACAUGGAUCUAGCUGCUAUAUGUACAUGUACUCAAGGUGACUAAGAAUCGAGGUAUGCCUCGGUCAUGAGCGGCAGGAGAGCCAAGCCGACAAAAUUAAUUUCCCCGUAUAACUGACCAUCCAAACCAAUAGUAUCUAGCUGUCGACUAGAGUCAACAAUUCGAUGAAUCUUGGAAGUCCGGGAGACUGAGUGAGUGACUUGUGUGGUCGCUGCUUAGCUCCUAUGUGCUCUGUGACAUGAGGCAUGCCUAGUGGUGUUCAAAAGAGAGACAAUUAUCUGCACUAAAAUAAGUGUGUGUUGGCCCGAACACAUGCCUCUGGUGCUAUGAAGUAGACGAGAGGGUCUGUGUUAUGUGGGGCACUGUAGGGAUUUCUCGUCCUAACUGUUAGUGGAAACGGUUGCCAUUUGAGAAUCUCUUGUUUUGAUGGUACAAUGAUACAAGGACACAGUUCUCAAGGCAAGGACUGCCCCAAUAGGUGAACGGUAGUGCGGUCCAAUGGUAGAAUCCUGUGUCCCCCCCUGUAGUUGCGUUUGACUGCCUUCCCAACUCUAGCCUUCCCCUGGCUGGAAGCCAAUGAGUUUGAGCCUUCAUGAACUUCACUGGUGUCCAAAAAGCCUUUUUCAAAAGCCAGAUUGGAAGAAGUGUAUGUGUGUGUACAUUUCACAUUAUUGUAAUGCACACACCACUUAUUUUUGCUAACAAAAAUCUAACCUAUAUAGUUAUUCAUCAUUAAAUGGUAAUAAAAUAUGGCAGAGUUUUGAUAAUACAAUAGACUGUUGUUGACUCAUGUCCUGUGGCAAUGUAUAACAUUAUUUGUGUAUUUUGGCGUGCGUACAGUGGCGGUGGAUAUAUUUCGACAUGUAACGUGUUGAAAUUUGUUAUACUGUAAUGGAUCGGGAUGUGGUGGACUUCUGUAAGUAAGAGGUGCUUCUAUUUCUGUCACUCUUGGCAGCUGUUGUCAGCUCCCCCCUGUUGUCAAAGAAUACAAAUGAAGAUCAUUGGACUUUAAAAAAAAAAUGUUUCGAGCAUAAUUGUUCUGGUCCUGCCUAAUUGUCUUUCUCAGGCGGGAGUUGAUGCCUGUAGAAUAGGGGAGAGCGGGAGAAACCAGACCUUGUCAAAGUGUUGUAGACCCACUUUAAAAGAUGUAGUUGAUUUAAAGAAUGAGAUGAUUACCUUGACUGGUCAUCUUGAACGUUUAGUACCGAUGUGGCCCGCUGUGUUUUAGGUUAAGCCUUGUGGGUUAUGAGGCCCCUAUAGAGCGAGACUUGGCCUGUAACUGUUGCUUUUCUCCUCUCUCCUCGCGUAACCACGGGCAGUUCUUGUGCUCAGAAAUACAAAGCCUUAAGGCCUCCAGUAAGUCUGCAAUGUGACAAAGUAUAUAAUCUCAUUUAGUUUUUUCCACUUUCUCCUUCCUUUUGAUUCCCAUUGCCAGAGGACUUACAUUCCAUAGCCUGUAGAUCUGCCAUCAGAUUCCCCUGAGAGCGGAGAGCGUGGAGAAAAUCUGGAAGACUAGAGGACAGAAGAAGUUUAAGUUUGCUCCGUAAAUGUAUGAUCCAAUGGUGUCUUUGAUCGGUUUGUUGGUGUGUUCUUAGUUUGUAAAGAGUAGGGUAUUUUUUUAGAUGGGUUUUUGUGCAUGUGGCUGGUUCUGGUGUAUGUAAAGUGAGAAGUAGGGCUAAAUGCCAUUUGAAGGAGGUGGUGUGUAUGGAUCGGUACUUGGUUUAGCAAGCGACAAGCGUAGCGAUCAUCCAAGCUGACAUGAUGAUGAACGUCAAGGACUGUAUAGAACGUUCUGAUUUUCCUGGGCAAGAGAACACAUGUUUACAUAUAGCAGAUGUGUUUGCCUAACGUCCUUACGUUACGACUCGCUAAAUCGUCAACAGUAACGUUUUUCAGAUGUUCGUUUGUGUGUUCAGCUUUUAUUAUUUUUUUUAAUUUUUUUUGCUUAGUUUAUAGAUAUUUAUGAGCAAGGCCUUUCUAGGUCUUAAACAUCACCCCAGAGUUUGCUAUACUCUAUGGAAAAGUAGCUAUAUGUGUGUUCAUUCCAUUGCCUGUGACGCACAGAUAUACUGGAUUUUUAGUUGCAUGUUCUUUCUUUUCGGUGCGGAAGGUAAAUCUAUGGCAGAGUGAAGAAGUCCACAGAAAGUGCCUUUCUUUAUGGUGGUGCUGUAAAACAAAUGGCAAAUGAAAAAGACAUCUAUCUAAUUUUUGAAGAAGAAGAAAAAAAAUGCAUUGCAAUGCAGAAAACCAUGUGUUUAUGCACUACACACACACACACACACACACAUAUAUAUAUAUAUAUAUAUAUAUAUAUAUAUAUAUAUACGCACGCAUACCAAGAUGCGUACUGCGGACCCGCAGUCUGUUUAUUAAAGACAGGGUAUAUGAUUGUGGUUGAGCGUUCACGAAGUGGUGCAUUUUGAGUUUGGACCAAUCGACUCGGUUGGUUGGUACAGUGGAACUUGCGUUGACAAGCGAGGUCAUAGUUAAAACCGUUGUGUGUGACACAGUCUGGUCCACGAAUGACGAACAUAGCACAGCACUUUAUAGACUGCCACUCUCACUCGGACACAAAGCCACAAGGUUUUCUGUCUUUGUUCCACCUCCAAUCCCCGCCUCCCAGAUACAUUGGAGUGUCGAGGACUUGUUAUUAUGUGAUUGAGGAGAUUUUCCUCCUCUGGGAAAGGGAAUUGGAUUACGACGCCAAACAAAACGGUUACUAUCGCUACUAAGUGGACAUUUUAAAGGUGUGCCUCCAGCUCAUGUGACUCCGCUGAUGACUCUGAGUCAGCCUGCGUUUUGUGGUUUCUCCUUAAGAAUCUGAAACCACCAAGGGUUUUUAAGUGUUCCAAUGUAAGGCAUCCAUAUUAGGAAGUUGGAAGUAUGGCAUUCAUAUUAGGAUGUCGGCAGUUGUCUGGCCCAUGGCAUUCUCAUCCUAGUGCAAUGCCUCGCCCCGCCGUGUGUCUGUCUUGUCCUUAAUGGAAGGAUAGUGGGCCCACUUUUCAUUGGUGUUUUGGGGCAGUUCGGGUGUGGAAUAAGACUCGGGGGGUCUGUAUGAGUCAUUUGGGGUACCCGUCAGUCCAGGGGGGUGAUACCUUUUUACAAGAGAUUAAAAAAACAAUGCUCCUCACUUACCUUUGUAUGCUGCAUAUGUUAUACUACAUGAGAGGAAAAACUGCAAAUAUUGCUUUUGGUUAUUACAGUAUAAUGCUUGAUUAAUACCUGAUUAUGAUAUUCUCAUAACUGUUUUAGAGACGGAAGUAUAACUAAGAUAUUCUCUUGUUUAGUUUUUUUUUUGUCUUAACACUUAUCUGACUUGAGCCGAACAUUUUAUUUUGUCGUCCUAUUUAAAUGUUGUUCUUUUUAAUAUGUAUAUGAAAUAUAUAUUGCAAAAUAUUUUAUGCUGUAUUUAUUGAGUGCAUAAACGAGCAGCUAGCUAGAGUCUCCGCAACAUUGGCAGCAUGGUGGAGCUAAGGGGACGAGCCUUAUCCUCCCCAAACACGCAAGCACAGCAACGUGGUGGUGGGCGGACGGAGGGGCACAGUUGAGCAGGGGCAUCUGUUUUUAAAUUAGGUAUUAAUUAUGUAGACCCCCUGCGUUUUAGCUUCCUGUUUGGUUUCUCAUGAAGGGAAGAGGCCUUCUCAUAUGUCCUCAUCACCUUCUUGUACUCUCUAGUCCCGCUCUCAUCCACGGUUCUCUCCUCCCCGGUUCUCUCCUCCCAUCUCGAUGAGCCCACUCCCACCCACCACCCCCACAUGUUGCAUCUCAUCUCUGUUGGGGUAGGGAACCUUCACUGAACCACACGGACUGAGCUGAGCCUUGUAAAAACGGACUUCCUCAUCCAGUGCUGCUAAUAUGUUAGCCAUGUAAACUCCCCUGGCCUGGUGGAGUACAGGUGGGUGAGAAUAGAGGAGAAAAGGAGGGAGGGAGGGAUGGUGCUAAGGUAGAGGAUGUAUGGUUAGGAGUGGCUUCUGUCCUUUCAUGUCUCCUCUGGAGUUCUUUUCCUUCUGCCAGAGACUUUUACACAGUAAGGAGUAGAGACUAAAGUCCCAUUCCACUCGCAAAUGCAAGCCUCCGCCUUAAGUGUGUUCUUACUUCGUUGUUCGGUUUUAUUUACGACUACAGAAUGCCUGAGUUGAGUACAAAAAAAGGCCCAACUCCAAAAUGGCAUCCUCGUGUUCCUUUUCAAACCACUAACAGUGCUACAGUAGUUGGUGAGCCCCAACGUUCAAAGGUGUGUUUCUCCACGUGUAUGGAUGUAAGAACAGGAGCCCGAGGGUUCUGUGUGCUGUACUUAGACUUGUACCUGUGUAACGAAUCAAGGUGUUGUAAAAAUGAGUUGCUGUUCUGUUUGCCCACAGUGUCUGUUAGUAGUUCCCACCUUACUCUAGGGUCAGAGGCAUGGAGCUUUGAAGGGGUCGUCAACCCUGUUCAGAACUUCAAUAGGCUUGUUCUACCCAUUACCCACAGACAAAUACUUUUAAGACAUGUUGACUCCAUUUAGCUAUCUGUUUGAUGUGCAAGCAGACGCUGCUUGCUUUCAGUCCAUUCGCAGUCCAUGUUAAGGUUUUGAAAUCACGUUUGCUCGAGAGAUUGUUGGAUGCUGUUUUCCCUGUGUUAAACUGGUUUGAAGACCGAUCUCGUCAGUGGCCAAGAAUGCUGGACUUUUUAAAGGGUUUCCUCUAUGUUUCAUCGGUAUCGUGAGGUUAUUUUGUAUUUGACGUGCGGUCGGUUUGUGUCAUUUACUUUUUAAUUGAAUGUCAGCCAGGAUUGUGUGCCGUGAUACCAUUUUGAGUCCUGAGGCACCAGCUAAAAUCAAUGGGUGUUUGAUGAUGCGAACAAGGUAGCCAGAUGAGUUCCAUGCCUCUGUCUCUGUUUUGGUCUCUCUCUGUGUGUCUCUACUCUGUAUGUUUCAAACACUCUGUUGUACCAACAGGUCUUUUUAUUUUUGUUUUAAAUGUCUUUGUUUUGUAAUUCUCUCUCUUUUAGGCCUUUAGUGUUGCUUUGCUUACGUUUUGAAGUGUAUCUUUCACGAAUACUUGCAAUAAAAAGCUUUGCUUUAAAA